AGCCCAUGUUGAGGCCUUUGUUGAUGAUCUCGACCACUCAAUAAUAUUAUCAUAACAUGACCUGAAAAUGAAAUGAGACAUUUACAUGAGGAAUGUACCAUUGAGUCUUUCAGUGUAUGGCGUGUAUGAUAGUCAAAAUGUGGAUUUGACAUCAAGAGCUCUGAUUUCUCUUUAUCGAAGGGCACCAAAUUCGAAGUAAGGAUAUGCUACUCCUUCACUAACAAGCUAACUUCGAAUUAAUGUGCAACCUCUAUUAAACUUGGAGUAUAACAUCUUCUCGUGGACCACUUGGUAUCAGUGACUAGACGACCCAAGAUGAAGACAUCAUGUGCGGAGGGCUGCAAGAUCGACUUUGGGUGUAUCUCGCGGAACUGGUGCUGCAGGGGCACCGAUGAUAAGGAUACAGAGACGAAUGAGGACACCGAUCCGGUGCCUCUUCAAUUCGGCACCUCUCAGUGGAAGUGCGGCCCGCCCAUCCUCUUCCUCCUCCUCCACAGACUCCCCUGGGCCAUGUUCUGGCUCGGCUACUUCAUCUACGACAUUCAGCAACGGAUCAGCCACGAGUUUUACUUCGAGUUUGUGACAAAAUGGAACCUCAUCAUCGUGGUCUUGAAUGCUUUGGUCGGACUCAUCGUCGCCGCUAUCAUGCAAGCUGGACGCAUGAGGGAGAAAUGGAACCAUUUCCUGGGAUUUUACUGGGUCCUGUGGAGCACUGCGUCUGCCAUUGCACCAACUGUGACACUUAUAUUUUGGGCACUUAUAUACGACCCAGCCAAGGACAAUAUCGACUUCAUCUCAAUCGUCACUCACGUCCUCAACACCGUCUACACCCUCCUAGAUGUAAUGGUAGUGGCGAUCCCACUCAGAGCCUACCACUUCUACUACGCCGAAAUAGUUGCAACCAUCUACAUCAUAUUCUCGGCAAUCCACGAAGUAACCGCCAACAAAUUAAUCUACCCUGUCUUCAAUUUUCAAGAGAAACCUGGCCCCUCCAUGGGGUUUUAUUUCGGGGGUCUUGUAAUUGAGAUUGCCGUGUGGUUCUGUAUUUUCGGACUUUACAAACUCCGAGUGUUUAUUGCUGAGAAAUGCGACAGCUGUCAGAGGAACAUGCAAGUUGAAGACGUAGAAACACAGGUUGUGACGACAAACGUAUAGGGACAACUGUGUUUUACUCUUCCAGCUGCUUAUCAGUUCUACUCUGUUGUGACUUACUCUUCCAGCUGGUUAUAAGUUCUACUCUGACGUUCAGGGACAGUUGCUCUUCCUGCAUGCUGGUUAUCAGCUGACGACAAAACGUACAGGGAACUCUUCCAGCUGGUUACUAUAAGUUAAGUUCUACUCUGAUGACAGUUUGUUACCAAGUCCACUCUUCCAACCGGUGUAGCAGUAAAAAAAUGUCCCCCUGAAAAAAAUGGUUCGCCCCAAUUGUUUUCUCUGUGUCG